UGGAAUAACUAAGCUUCAAGGGCCCAAGUGAUAAUAAUAAGAAACUAAAGUACCUCUUGUGUAAUUUUCAAAUUAAAGCUUUUGCAUUUCUUUCGUAAACACACCAAGAAAGAUUGCCAAAGAAAUUGUUUGUUAAGGUCUCGGUGCAAUGGGGGUUUAUGGAGAACAAUCAAGGAGAGAGAAGCCCAGAGGACGUCAUCAUGGGUUGACUCAGCAGAAAAGGCAAGAGAUCAAAGAAGCAUUUGAGUUGUUUGAUACUGAUGGAUCUGGUACCAUUGAUGCCAAGGAGUUGAAUGUUGCUAUGAGGGCACUUGGUUUCGAAAUGACAGAAGAGCAAAUUAAUCAAAUGAUAGCAGAUGUGGAUAAAGAUGGGAGUGGUGCAAUUGAUUUUGAUGAAUUUGUGUACAUGAUGACUGCCAAAAUCGGUGAAAGAGACAGCAAACAAGAGCUUACAAAAGCAUUCCAAAUCAUUGACCAAGAUAAAAACGGGAAAAUAUCAGUCUCUGAUAUUAAAAACAUUGCUAAGGAAUUAGGUGAGCAUUUUACCGAUGCAGAGAUCAAUGAGAUGGUGGAGGAAGCAGACCGUGAUCGUGAUGGAGAAGUUAGUGCGGAUGAGUUCAUGAGGAUGAUGAAGAGAACUUCAUAUGGAUAUUAGGCUGUUAUUGUCAUUCUCUGAUAUGUAAAAUCUAUUAAUUUAUUGUUAGUAAGUGACAAAUUGUUGUUUUUGUACCAACUUUUUUUUAAAAAAAAAAACUUUGUUAUA